GGCGGCCCCGGCGCGGAGCCCUGGGCCGGGCGGCGGCCCCGGCGUGGCGGCCUGCGGGCCCCGAGGGAGCCCUCCCCCGGCUCCCGGAGGCCCGGCGGCGGUCGCGGAGGAGCCCGAGCCCGGGCGCAGGACCGAGGCGAUGCCAAAGCUGCAGGGCUUCGAGUUCUGGAGCCGCACCUUGGGGGGCGCUCGCCACGUGGUGGCGCCCAUGGUGGACCAGAGUGAGCUGGCUUGGAGGCUGCUGAGCCGCCGGCACGGGGCCCAGCUCUGCUACACCCCCAUGCUGCACGCCCAGGUCUUCGUCCGCGAUGCCAACUACCGGAAGGAGAACCUGUACUGCGAAGUGUGCCCCGAGGACCGGCCUCUCAUUGUGCAGUUCUGUGCCAAUGACCCAGAGGUGUUCGUCCAGGCGGCUCUCCUGGCUCAGGAUUACUGUGACGCCAUCGACCUGAAUUUGGGCUGCCCGCAGAUGAUAGCCAAGCGAGGUGUGCAGGCGAGAGGUCAGCCCUGGCUCCGGGCCCGGAGGUUUUCUUCAGAGUCCGAGGGAUUGCUGGUUGGUCCAAGACUGCCGGGCAGCCAUGGUGUGCGGUGCCCUGGAGCUCCUCCCGCAGGUCACUAUGGUGCCUUCCUGCAGGAGGAGUGGGACCUGCUCCAGAGAAUGAUUCUGCUGGCUCAUGAGAAACUCUCUGUCCCCGUCACAUGCAAGAUCCGUGUCUUCCCAGAGAUUGACAAGACCGUGAAGUAUGCCCAGAUGCUGGAGAAGGCUGGCUGCCAGCUGCUGACUGUGCACGGGCGCACCAAGGAGCAGAAGGGGCCCUUGUCGGGCACUGCGUCCUGGGAGCACAUCAAGGCCGUGCGGAAGGCAGUAGCCAUCCCCGUGUUUGCCAACGGGAACAUCCAGUGCCUACGGGAUGUGGAGCGUUGCAUCCAGGACACAGGGGUUCAGGGGGUCAUGAGUGCAGAGGGCAACCUGCACAACCCUGCCCUGUUUGAGGGCCGCAGCCCUGCCGUGUGGGAGCUGGCCGAGGAGUACCUAGACAUCGUGCGGCAGCACCCCUGCCCCCUGUCCUACGUCCGGGCCCACCUCUUCAAGCUGUGGCACCACACGCUGCAGGUGCACCAGGAGCUUCGAGAGGAGCUGGCCAAAGUGAAGACCCUGGAGGGUGUCACGGCGGUGAACCAGGAGCUGAAGCUGCGGUGUCAGGAGGACAUUUCCAGGCAGAAGGAGGGAGAGAAGCCCUCCGGCGGCUUGCCUUUCUUCCACUGGAUCUGCCAGCCCUACUUCCGGCCAGGGCCCAGGGAAGGGAGCAAGGAGAACGGGGGAGCCUGCAGCAAGCGGGCCCUGGAGGAGGAGGAGGGCGGCACAGACGUGCUCUCCAAGAACAAGCAGAAGAAGCAGCUGAGGAACCCCCACAAGACCUUCGAUCCCUCGCUGAAGCCAAAAUAUGCGAAGUGUGAUCAGUGCGGAAACCCAAAGGGUAAUAGGUGUGUGUUCAACCUGUGCCGGGGCUGCUGCAAGAAGCGAGCUUUCAGAGAGGCUGCCGACUGCCCAGGUCACGGAUUGCUUUUUAAAACCAAACUGGAGAAGUCUCUAGCCUGGAAGGGGGCCCAGUCCCGGCUGCAGGAGCCUCAGCCGGCAGGAUCUGGGGAGCCGGGUGGCUUUCCUGAGGUUGUGGGCAGUGCCCUGGCCUGAAGGGCAGUUGGCGCCCGGCACACUGCCCCCCAGCCCUGGGACCGCUGCCGAGACCUCAACACAUCCCAUUUAAGGAAAUGCCUUUUCUCAGGGAACCUCCCGCUACUCAACAUAGAAGGAUGAGCUGGUCUUCCCCUUGGCCUCCGCUGGGAGCCCGGAAAUGCUGCACCAGGGAGCAGGCUCCCAGGCUGGACCUGUCCCCUCCUCGCAACGUGUAUUCAAAAGUGAACAAUAAAUCUUUUCAAA